CAACUUAUGAAAUCCCACUGAUAACUUCAUCAGUAGCGUAAACGACUGCCUCGUCUACUAAAUUUUUAAGUGUUCGGCGAAACUACAUGUGAAAAUUAUUGUUUGCAAUUCGACGCCUCGGAUUUUGUUAUCUUCUGAAACAUCUGUUCGUCAGGAUUUUCUCAGCCAGCUGUAUAGAGAUGUGAAAGUGGAAUAUUACAAAGAGUGGAUGGAGCUCUGGUGACGAAGAUACAAAUGCUACAUUAAGCUGAAAAUGGAUAGUUUACUAUUCCAAAUUUCAUCUUUUACGCUGCUUUUCGGGCAGUCCAAUGCUAUUCCUGUCCACAAACGAGCUUUUGGCGAGUGGAAUGUUGCCUUACUAGGAGUUUUGUCAUGUAUUGGAGUAAGUGCAAUGAUUGGCAUCUGUGUUUUCUGCAAGAGGAAGAAGAAAGGACAAUUCAAGAAGUUUGAAAAUGAUGGACAGAUAGAGGAAGUAAAAAAUACGGAGUAUCCUAUCUUGAAAUCGCUCAAUUUGGUAGAAACGAGAAGGUCGGGUACAAUCAUUUCGAGUAGCCCUACUAACUUAUCAACUGACAACCUGUUGGAGCAAACAAUUCGAAACGAGUCUUUAUCUUCUCACGAACUUGAUGGCAUCGUCAACUAUCAUUUGUUGCAAUAUCAGCAUGAGGCUGUUCCGAACAGUGAAGUGGUGCACCACAUUAGAACAGAGAACUCAAUUAUUACUAGUCGGCAAAUACCUACCGAAUUCGGCGAUAAUGACUCCAAUUCUUACAUAGCUUUAUCUAGCAGAGAUUCGUUGAGCUCGACAUCGCCGUUACCUGGUACAAAAACAAGCUGCUCCAUAGAACCAGAAACAGCUUCUUUGAAAAAUUCCACUGAUUUUGGAGAUGUGAAACCGUUGAUGGAUCGUCUCUCGAAUCAAAUUGAAAUUGGUAUUGGAGAAGUAGAUGAAUUGAGUCAGGACGAUAUACUGCAACAACCAACACGGUUAGAUGAUGUUACAAUUAGCAUUAGUGAUAAGACGAGUUUUUACGAUGAACCCAUAUCUGCCAUGGGCACGAUGAAGGAAACCGGAGCGCACGUGGACGAAACUCCAAUGGAUAGUUUGGACGAAAAUACAUCCAUUACCGAAACUAAUAGCAUUGAGGAAGCCUUACGCGCUCUAGAUCACGCUAUUGACGGAGAAGAUCAAUUUAAUGAAUAUGAAGAUGAGCGUGAUGUUCUGAAAUAUCGUGAAACUCAUCUGGAAGAAUUCAAUGAAAAUAAUAAUGGAGAACGAGACGAGUCCUGUAACGAUAAUAAUUGGUUUUUCGAUGACCGAAUCGACCAGAUUUGUGUUAAUGAAGAAGGGACUCCGGAUAUUUUGCGUGAAGCUGUACGUGUAGAAGCUACUAAAAUGGUAGACGAAGUUCUGUUAUUAUGCCAAAGCCGUUAUAAAGAGAUAUUGGAAAAUGAAAACUUGAAGUUGAAAAACAACAUUUUAUUAGAAGAUGAUCUCGGUGAUUUUAAUACUGAUAUCGUAAUGAAAAGCAGUACACCUUUCAUAGUAAGACAAACAAAUAACCUAGCAAGUAGAGAGUACGGAAUAAUUAAACAAUCUCUGUUCUGUGAUGUAAAUGAGACCAAUUGUAUGAGGUCAGUUUUUGCUGAGUUAGAUGAAACGAUUGAGGAUACCGUGCAUCUAGAAUGUGUACGAGACAAUGGUGGUAGCAGUAUUGAUGAAACACAUAUGGAUUUUUCUGCUGUUACAAAAGAAUUAGAUGGAGAUCUCGAACAAGUAUAUCCAUUAAACAACACAGUCACUAUGAAGACAUCUAAAGUGACGCACGCUCUUGGGGCUACAUUCGAUUUCGAACAACAAGAUAUUGGAGAUAGCCUACCGGAAAUAAUGAUCAAUGACGCCACAGAAGACGCUGUGUCGGAUAAGCAAGCUGCUACUCCAAUGAAUACGCCCAUUGAAUUGGCGUGUCCAUUGACUGCCGAUUGGGAUAAAUGGCUGUCGACCAGUUCAUCAGUGUCAAUGUCUUGUGAAGACGUGCACGGUCAAGGAGAAACUGCUUACUUCACUAAUCGUACGUAUGAUGAGGGUUGGUUCCUUCAUACCCAGUCCGUUUGUGAAGGCAAUGAUACUUUCGACGUUGAUACCGAUCAGGAGAAUCUCGAUUCAACAUACGAUUUACUGAGGAAGCAGUUAGCGGAAGUGUUACCACAUGCACAGGGUGCCAAAGAAACAUCCGAAAAUUUUGAAGAAAGCGAUAGUAGUCCGAAUCGUUAUGGAAUCCAGUAUGGUACUUUGGAUGAGGCUAUGAGUGCACCGUUAACGUCUGUGGCGAAGGAUAACGAAAUAUUAAUCAAUUAUAAGCGAACACUGUCGCCCAUAAUGGAGGAAAGCGAAGAUGAAUCUUGCAACAAUAAAAUUUCUUGUCACAAGGAAUCUUCCAACUAUGUAGAAAGCACUAGCACUGGGUGUAUGGAAUCACUCACAGCGAUGGGUGUUAAAAAAACCUUGAUGGCUUCCAAUGAUACCCUAUUCAAUUUUGAAGAUGUGCUGGAUGAGAUUCUAUCACCUCGUAUACCGUCACAAUCACACACUCCAACUAAUCGUGAUCGAGAAACUGUCGACAAUGUUCACCAAUCACCGCUGUACGAAAUAACAAAUGAUACUGCAAGUAUAACUGAAAGUGUACAUGGGACAAAAAGCCUUGAAUUAUUGCCGCAACGAUCACGCGAUUCGCCACUUAAUUCACCAGUCGAACAAACAAAAGUGGAUUUUUCUCAAGAAUCUACAUUCACAUUUGAUGAGAAAACUUGCAUUUCCCUGAGCAGACCUAAUGACGAAGAUGAAAGGAUUUCAGAUAUAUCAGAACCGGCCCUAGUAUCGUCAUCCUCGCUCCUCACAAAGCAGAAUGACAGCAAUAGUCUUAAGGUUGAGGAGACUGCUUCAAUUCAAGAUGAUUCCUUCAAUGAUAUCCUAGAAAAGGAAAAACCUUUGGAAAACGAACAGUAUAAUCAUUUUUUAGAUUUACGUAAUGCUGCAGAAUCCACGGUGAAUCUAGAACCACCCGAACCGGAUGAGAAUUUUGAUCCUGCUUCUAGCUUAGGCAAUGCUAUACAUGACACAGUAUAUCUGCAAAACAAACUGAAUUUAGAAAAUACAUACAGCAACCGAAGUAUAGAUGAACAAGCUGUAAUCGAAUCCAUUGAUCGAUUUUUGUUAAAAUCCAGGAACGUUAGUUUGCCAGACGACAAAAGUACAAAUACUUUAGUUAAUGGCCAUCUAAGUAGUGCUAAGUUGAACAACAGAUCUGAUGGUAAAACCUUUGUAUAAACUAUGAUAAUUAAGCAUAAACUAUACAUUAAUCAUGUUGUAGAAUAUAAAAAUAAAAAAGAAAAUAAACACCGCUGUUAGAUAUUUAUUAA